UGCAUUGUGCACCGUGGCUCAGGUUUACGCACCGCGGAGAGAAGCAGCUGAUGGAGCUGUUGUGUCUCUGAUUGUUGACGCGCUUCUUCUUUGUGCUCGUCCGGUUCACGCUGGAACAGUCGAGGAGUUUGGAGUUUUGCCAUCCACGCUCUCCGCUCCUGACGGUUACGCACAGGCGGACGGGCACCUCCGUGCGCCCGGAGGACCGGCGGCCACCAUGCUCUUCCCCUCCUGUAACACCUCCAGCUGCACGGAGGGGUUCAACUUGACGCAGAAGCUGCAGACCGGCGCAGCUCCCCGGAACAUGAGCGGGAAGAGCAACGACACGGACCCGUUUGGACGCAACGAGGACGUGGCCAAGAUCGAGAUCACUGUCCUGAGUCUCGCCUUCAUCGCGGCCGUCGUGGGGAACGUGAGCGUGCUGCUGGCCAUGUACAAGACCAGGCGGAAAUUGUCGCGCAUGCACCUGUUCAUGAAGCACCUGAGCCUGGCAGACCUGGUCGUGGCCUUCUUCCAGGUGCUGCCGCAGCUCUGCUGGGAGGUCACCUACCGCUUCUACGGCCCGGACUUCCUGUGCCGCAUCGUGAAGCACCUGCAGGUUCUGGGCAUGUUCGCCUCCACCUACAUGAUGGUGAUGAUGACCCUGGACCGCUACAUCGCCAUCUGCCACCCGCUGCAGACGCUCCAGCAGCCCACGCAGCGCGCCUACAUCAUGAUCGGCUCCACGUGGGCGUGCAGUCUGGUGCUCAGCACCCCGCAGUACUUCAUCUUCUCCCUGAGCGAGGUGCACCCCGGCUCGGCCGUGUACGACUGCUGGGGACACUUCGUGGAGCCGUGGGGUGUGCGCGCGUACAUCACCUGGAUCACGGCCGGCAUCUUCCUCGUGCCGGUGCUCGUGCUCGUGCUGUGCUACGGAUUCAUCUGCCGCACGAUCUGGAGGAACAUCAGGUUUAAGACCCGCAGGAAGGGCGCCGGAGCGGUGGCGGAGGCCACGAAGAACGGGAUCCUGGGCAGGAACUCGGUCAGCAGCGUCAGCACCAUCUCCAGAGCCAAAUUACGCACGGUCAAGAUGACCUUCGUGAUCGUGGUGGCGUACGUGGUUUGCUGGGCGCCUUUCUUCACGGUCCAGAUGUGGUCGGUGUGGGACGAGACCUUCUCUUGGGACGACUCUGAGAACGCCACGGUGACGCUCUCCGCCCUGCUGGCCAGCCUCAACAGCUGCUGCAACCCUUGGAUCUACAUGAUCUUCAGCGGCCACCUUCUCUCGGACUUCGCCGGUAGCUUGCCGUGCUGCGGCCGCUUGAGGAACAAGUUCCAGCACCAGGAUUCGGACAGCAGCAUCCGGCGGACCACGCUGCUGUCCCGCCUGCAGGGUCCACGGCUUUCUGAGCCGUUCAGAGACGCCAACCAGACCCCUAAGAACUGUCCACAGGUCCCGUCUGUGUCCUGACCACCUGGAACCCACUCAGAGGGCAUCUGGUUGGCCCGUGACGAAGCAGUUUUUAGUUCGUAGCAGAGAAGGAAGGUAUGAUCUCAUCCGAGGGUGCGGUCACACCUACACUUUGUUUUCUUUGGUCCAAUCCGGAGCGGAAAAGUUUACUCGCUGGCAGUUUUUUUGGUGUUGGUCUGUUUAGGUUCACACGGCUCUGAGAACAUAAGUUAUAAUUAAUCCUUUCAGCCUGACGGGGGUAGACGCCAUCAAAGCAAACCCGGUUAGCGAAAUGAAUCCCUCGUGGAAAAUGGCUGAAUGUGAGCAUUCAACGCUGGUGCACGGGGGUUGUUUCCUGAAGGGCCAAGCAGGUUGUUUACCUGAAACACAAGAGGAAAGAAAACACUUUUACACUGAGUAUAAACGGCAGCAGCUAUGAACGCAUUUCACUUUGAACACGUUUGAAUUCUGUGUAUUUGCUCGGUUUGGAAAAACGAAAAUGAUUAAGAAGCUUAAGUCUGGAGUUAUUCAACAUUCUUCUUAUUAAAGUGCAACAAUCUCCUAAUAUGUAAUUGUUUAAAUAUGUAGUUUAAUCUCCUAAAGCAUUUGUCUGCAACUGGAGGUACCGCAAAUCUUUGGUUGAUUACACAUUUUUUUGUACAUUUUUGUUUUUAAAUUACCCCACAAAUUAAAAUUUCGUUAAAUACACAUAAACAUGAAUUCAACAUAUUUUAGUAGAGGGAUAAGGGAUAGCUUAAAACUGAAUGCAUAAAAAUAUAUUUACUAGGCCGGGGUUCUUGGCCUGAAAAAUGUUGAAGACCUCUGUCCUACAGGCUCAAUAAUUCCCCUAAAAGAUCUGGUGACUAUAGAUUUUAGAUUUGUCAGACUUUGGAAAUGCACAAGAAGAAAAAUGUUGAAUAUUACCAGCUGAUCCAACAACAACAACAACAAAAGACAUGAAAAUAAUUCCUUAAGGAUACUCUAAUACCGCUUUGUGAUAACGAUCGACUAAGACAUCGAUUUUUGUGCUUUGUACGCCCACCAUCCGCCCCAACCUCCUCCUGCAGGCGUAAUCCAGCCAGCGAUUGUGUUGCACUCAGUUUGGUUGUACAGAAACACAAUUUCAAGAACUGGUCUCGCUUUCAUUGAUAGCACUUUGUAUCUGUUAGUGUUUUUGCAGAGGUCUGCCGCCCCCCGGUGGCCAAAAAACAAUGACUACAGCUUUAAUAUUUAUUACAAACUUAGCUCAACCAAAUGCUAGGCGGGUUUAUUUUUGCUCUGGGACUCUUUAACCCUUCUCUCCAAAAGUUUUGUUUUACAUUUUUCUAUUUAAACAUCAUUAAUUGCUCCAAAAAUGAAGAGCACAGUUGUACAAUUUGACGCCCGAGCACAGGUAAUUAAAUAUAUUUAUCUGAAUAAAAACAUAGGACAAUUAAAAUGGAGUUUAUUUGAGACAAAAUAUCAUUCUUUUUUAAAUAACUUUCCAUUUUUUUAUUUGACAUACUGUGCAUUUUAAGACUUUCCAGGUGCCUUUAAAACAUUUGAAGAUGUGUGUCUACACACUUACAAUCUUCCGGUCCGUAGUUUAGAAGCUACACACAUAUAUAUAUACUGUAUAUAUAUAUGGCCGUAGCAGAGAGGGGUUAAAGUUGCAGCUUUACUCACAUGUAAAUAAAUAGACCACAGUCACAACCCUCCUGGAUGGUACUUUCUAGCUGAUCGAUUGUUUCGUGUUCGAAAAAUAGUUGAAAAUGUGUUCAGUGAGUUUACAUAUUUAAAAGAUGUCCUAUUUACGGUUUGUGACGACGAAGAAAAACAAGAAAUGAAAUGAAAUUUUUGCAGAUUAUUUCAGAAAUGUCUCUCGUGUAAAUGUGUGGAACUGUAAAUACUAUAAAUGUGACAUUCAAUAUACUGUAUGUUGUUAAUUGAAAGUGCACUUUGUUGAAUAUAAUAACACACAAACCUGUGAAUAUAUACGUAUUUGGAAACAGGAUUCAUUUCUCUAUAAUGUCCUAUAUAAUGUCCAGCUGCUCAUACGCUCAUGUGUCGCUUUGUUCUGUAUUGAUGUGUUGUUGAUACUGAAGAUAUUUUACCAGUGAAGUGUAUUCUGUCAUCUGCAUAUGGUUUUGUUAUAUAUGUUGUAAAAGGAAGAUAAAAGCUUUUCCUUGUAUUGUCAUGUGCAUCUCUGGUUUCAUUUAUAGAAACCUAUAUCAAUAAACAAAUGAAUGACAGCUCUGAAAAUAAAAACCAGUUUGAAGCUAAUGAUGCUAA